GUGCAAACCAAAGAGUUAAAACAAGUUGGGUCAUGGAAUUUACUUUCUGGGCUUUCUUUGAAUGGGUACUGUGGCCAAUUAUGCAAGCUUGUCAUGUCGCCUGCAGCUAAAACUUCCCGCUUUAAGAAUCACAUGCUCGUCUGAGGUUGUUGUCGCGCGUAGACAAGUUUUGGAGCAAGUGGAUAAGGAGCUUGCCAGGGGUGAUGACAAGGCGGCACUCUCACUUGUUAAGCAUUCGCAAGGGAAGCCUGGUGGGCUUCAGUGUUUUGGUGCUGCUAGGCAGGUGCCCCAAAGACUCUAUACCUUAGAUGAGUUGAAGCUGAAUCAAAUAGAAACUUCGUCUCUUUUAUCACCAGUGGAUGCAACACUUGGUUCAAUAGAAAGAAACCUGCAACUUGCUGCUGUUUUAGGAGGGCUUGCCUCAUGGAAUGUGCUUAGGUUGAGCUCACAACAAAUUCUAUAUUUGUCCCUUGGAUUGCUGUUUCUGUGGACUUUAGACUCGGUCUCCUUUAAUGGAGGUAUUGGUAGCUUGGUUAUUGACACAAUUGGUCAUACAUUUAGUCAGAAGUACCACAACAGGGUUAUUCAACAUGAAGCUGGCCAUUUCUUAAUUGCUUACUUAGUGGGUAUUCUUCCAAAGGGAUACACAUUAUCUAGUUUUGAAGCUUUGAAGAAGGAAGGAUCUCUAAAUGUUCAAGCAGGGACUGCUUUUGUGGAUUUUGAAUUUCUUGAAGAAGUUAACACAGGAAAAGUAUCAGCUACAACACUGAACAGAUUCUCAUGUAUAGCUCUGGCUGGUGUAGCAACGGAGUAUCUCUUAUAUGGAGUUGCUGAGGGAGGCCUUGCUGACAUAAAUAAGUUGGACAUGCUACUUCAAGGUUUGGGCUUCACACAGAAAAAAGCAGACUCUCAAGUCAGAUGGUCUGUGCUGAAUACUGUCUUACUUUUGCGUCGCCACAAAUUAGCACGAGCUAAACUUGCGGAGGCCAUGUCCAUGGGAAAAUCUGUAGGAGCUUGCCUUGGCAUUAUAGAAGAUACCAUAGACGUUUCAGACAUCUAAUUGACUUGAUCCCCACGUACAUGUAACAAUAAUACUUUAAACUGAAUUUAAGAGAAAUAACUUGAAAAAAUAUAUAGUUUUAUUUAUCCAAAUCGAACCCCUAAACAACACUAAGCAAUUCCUCAUGAAUAUUACGUGUAUGGAAAAAUUCAAUUGAUGAA